AUGGAAAAACGAAGAAGCAAAAUAUCUCGCAAUUCCCAGGCGAAGCCCGUUACGUGCACCAAGAAUCCUAUAUAUAAGAGGCCCGAUGGGGGUCAAAACCACUGUCGGAGUUAGAGGGAAAACCAGGGGGGCUGCUCUCUUCCCAUCUUCUCGGUCACCCCUUCUCGUCCUCGUUACCUCGUUAGGGUGGUCUCUCCCUCUCCCCUCCUCUCCCUCCCUGUAUAUAAACCGCUCGAAUCUCGGCGGCUCGCAUCGGUGCCGCGCGAGAGCGAAGGCCAUGGCCGCAGAGAGCUCGAGAUCGGGGCCCUCGGCCGAUUCCUACAUCGGGAGCCUCAUCAGCCUGACUUCCAAGAGCGAGAUCAGAUACGAGGGCAUCCUUUACAAUAUCAACAUCGAGGAAUCCAGCAUAGGAUUGCGUAACGUGCAAUCAUUUGGAACUGAAGGACGAAAGGAGGAUGGUCCACAAAUUCCUGCUAGCGACAAAAUCUACGAGUACAUAAUCUUUCGUGGGAGUGAUAUCAAGGAUUUACAGGUUAAGUCUCCACCACCUGUUCAGACUGCUCACAUACACAGUGAUCCUGCUAUUAUUCAGUCACACUACUCUCAUCCUGCAACUGCAUCUGCAACUACAAGCUUGCCUUCUGUUGUAAGUGGAGCUGUACCUGAUCUUAGUUCCCAUGCUGCUCAGUUUGGGCACCCGAGGUCAACUGUUCAAGGUAGCUUGCCUCUAUAUCCACCUGGGGGAAGCUUAGCAUCAUGGCACUCCUCACCACCUUUGCCAAAUGCAAAUGGCUCUGGGCUUGCAAUGCCAAUGUAUUGGCAGGGAUAUUAUGCACCCUCAUCCGGGCUUCCUCAUUUGCAACAGCCUCCUUUGCUUCGUCCACCACCUGGAUUGCCAAUUCCUCCUUCAAUGCAACAACAAUUGCAAUAUUCUGGAAUUAAUGCAUCAUUACCAUCUGGAUCUCCAAGUUUGCCUGAGUUUCCUCCUCCUCUAUUGCCACCUGCCAGUAGCGCCCUUAGUCUAACCUCAUCUAUGUCACCAUCAACAUUGGCUCCUGCCCAUGCCAGUGCAUUAGUUCCUGAAACAUCAGUGAGUCUGAUGCCAAGCAAGCCUCCUAUCACUUCUCCUGCAGAAACUCUUGGUACUAAUUUGCUAUUUGUAACGCCAUCAGCCUUUGAGUCUGUUCCAACUCUCUCUCAGAAUAUGUCAUCCAUCAUUGGUAGCAAACCGAGGAUGGUUCCUAGUCCCAAUGUUACCCUUCAAACUAUAUCCCAGGCUGUGUCCUCCAUUAUUGGUUCAUCUGGUUCAAGCCAAGUCGAAUUAUCACUACCAUCGGUCACUCCAGGUCAGUUGUCGCAGCCUGGCCUUUCCAUCCCUGCUUCCUCUGAGCCAUUGCAAAUGAGCAACGAAGAUGUGGAAGUUAACCCACUCAAAGCUCAGGUUAAACCAUUAAUACCUGAACCAACUGCAUUGUCUCCAGCUGAAAGUAAGGAGCCCAUAUUGCCAUUACCAAAAUCAGCCGAGCAGAAGCCAAAUGGAGCUGCUCUGCAAACUUAUCACGGUAGCAGGGGGCGUGGAAGAGGAAGAGGAAACAGGUAUCUGCACCCUGUCACCAAAUUCACUGAAGACUUUGAUUUCACAGCAAUGAAUGAAAAGUUCAAGAAGGAUGAAGUGUGGGGCCAUCUUGGUAAGAACAAAGGCCAACUAAAGGACAGGGAAGGAGAAGAUGAAGCUGAUGAUACUCUGGAGGACAAUGAUCCAGAAUGCAUAAAAUUGGGGAUAAAGCCUGUUUACUGUAAGGAUGACUUUUUUGAUUCACUCUCUUCCAAUUCACUCAACCAUGAUAUGAGGAAUGGGAGACCUAAGUUCUCUGAGCAGUUGAAAAUAGAUACAGAGACAUUUGGUGAUUUUCCAAGGCAUCGGCCCAGUCGAGGUGGUGGGCGUGGCCAUCGUGGUGGGCGUACAAGGGGCUCAUAUUAUGGACGCGGAUAUGGCUAUGCUGGGAGGGGCCGAGGGCAUACUGUCUCGAACCGGACCUCAUAAGGAUGCUACUGGCACUACGAUAUAUGACAGAAGGAUCAUGGUUAGGAGACGAAGUGAAACGAUGACAAGGCUGUCUUUUAUUUUACUUCUAAAGAAUGUUGUUUGCUUACCUGUGUGAUUGCUUUAUAAAAUAAAGAGCCCGGGAGAAAACAGGGAAGUUUCCAGUCUCGUGAAGAUAAAUCCCAGAUGAUAAAUGGGCUGCUUGAAGAUCCAGCAAUCACGGAGGUGGCAUGUUAAUGAUAUUUAUUAGCAGCAGCAAAUGGUUCCAUUUUCUUCU